UGAACAGAUUUACACCCCUUGAAGAAACCACUGUUCUAAUUUCUCCAAAUCUUCAUUUUUUCGUUAACUACAUCAGCGCAGCAAAGCUGGAAGGGAUCCCGUUGUUCAUGCUUAUCGUUAGAUACGUCACGGCGGCCUUACUGUUUGCCUUGGUUUUUUGGACUCUGGUCUUGGUGGGUCACUUGGCCUUCUGCCAUCUGGUCGAAUCGACGUAA